GUACGAACUACAGUUCCCAGCGUGCCCCCGCGCGAGGCGGAAGAGGAAGUGCAGCCCGCGCUACUAGGCCGCCGCGCCGCCGUGCGGUUUAAAGGGGCCGCGUUCGGAGUGAGGAGAUGUUUCCUUCUGGGCUCUGGCUCUAGGAUGUUGGAGAGCCGAGAGGAGGAGUUGACCACGGUGCGUGUUCAGGACCCUCGAGUGCAGAACGAAGGCUCCUGGAACUCCUAUGUGGAUUAUAAGAUCUUCCUCCACACCAACAGCAAGGCCUUCACAGCCAAGACCUCAUGCGUGCGGCGCCGCUACCGUGAGUUCGUGUGGCUGAGGAAGCAGCUGCAGAAGAAUGCUGGCUUGGUGCCUGUCCCAGAGCUGCCUGGAAAAUCCACCUUCUUUGUGGGGAGCACGGAUGAAUUCAUUGAGAAGAGGAGACAAGGGUUGCAGCAGUUCUUGGAAAAGGUUGUGCAGAACGUUGUCCUCCUCUCCGACAGCCGGCUGCACCUCUUCCUGCAGAGCCAGCUCUCUGUGCCCGAGAUAGAGGCAUGUGUGCAAGGCCAAGGCUCGCAGACAGUGACAGAAGCCAUCCUGCACUACGCCAUGUCCAACUGUGGCUGGGUGCAGGAGGAGGAGAGUCGCCCUACGCUGCUGCAAGGAGGAGCUGUGCAUGGCAGCUGUGCCAGCCUGGGGGCCACACAGGGGCUGAGCUGCCUGGAGAACCUCCCACACUGGACCGACUUUGGCAUGGAUGACACGCACUCAGACAGCCCAGAUGAACCAUCAGAGCCCUUGGGUGGACAGCAAGAGACUCAGUAAAUGGUUACAGUGACCUCGCCUGCCUUGCCCAGGACCUGCAGCUCUGUCUGGAGCUGCUGCUGGUUGAGCCAGAGGGAAGCCAGGCUGGCAAGGCAGGGAAUGGGGCUGUGCUGGGAUCACAGCUUUCCCCUUGGCUCUGUGGUGUCUGGGGCUCGUGUGUUCUCUUCCUUGAUGACUUUCAGCUGUCCUUGAUGUCCCAGGCAGUGUGUUUUGUAGCUCUUCUCUUUGCAGAAGAGAUCUAGUGGUUAGUGAAACCUGUGUUUGUUAUCCCCGUGGCCUUUGCUCUCCAAUUGGAGUAGUAGCAGGGCUUGGUUAGGUCACGAUGCCAGCAAGGCCCCCAUGUUCUCAGUGCAUUCCCUGGGCACGGUGGGAUGUGCUGGCUGUAUUGUGUGCAGCCUCACACUUAGAAUGGGAGCUGGUUGAUGCCCAUCAGAUCCCUUUGGGUCAGCCCUUGUGCUUCCCCCUUUGCAUGGAGGCUGUGCUGGGACAAAUAGAGAUGGACCCCCCCAACCUAUUUAUGCAGCCACCCCUUCCAGAUGGGAUCCUGCAGGAGAACAAACCUUUCUGCCCCUCAAUAGCACAAUGGGAGGAGAAUGGGGGGCUCACAGCCAGGAGGGAGCUUGCUCAGAGCAAUGCAGCACACAACUGCCUUGCAGUGGGUGCCUGGCAGUGCUUGGGGCCCUGGUUUUGCUGCUGCUCCUGCACCUUUUCCUACACCCUGAGCACUGGUAGAGGCAGAGCUGACGUGCUCUGACUUGAAAUAAAACCCAAGUAGAAGAGG